GUUCCUUUGAACCUAACAUUUUUGGUUUUCGAAAAACAAGAUUUAAUACCGAAAUUAAGUUCCUUUUUAGGCAUCUUACACAAAAAGACAAAUUUUCGUGUUGUGAAAACUUACACCCAUGGCUUCACACGCCCGUAAAUGGCCGUAAAUGUAAAAAAUACUGAUACGCCCACGAAUCGUCACGUUCCUGUUUCAUACUAAAAGUAACCUCAGUUUUGUCAGUUUGAUGAUGAAAUAAGUCAAAACUGGCAAAACGCAGGGAAGAGUUGUGUGAACAGUGUCAUCGAAGACGAAGAGAUCUAGAAGGACAUUAUUAGGCUUAGGCUAAUGUUAUUGAAGUUCUUCGGCAAUUCUUGAGCAAUAUUUUAAUAUCAACAUUGUGUAUACUUCAAAGAGUGAAACAUGGUAGCAGCACUUCCUCUUUUUAAACUGGCUUCAUUAGCUAUUAAACAAUCGGCAAAACCUGUAGCAAAUGUUAUCAAAAGGGGGGCAAAAGAAAGUGAAAUAUUUAAGAAAUAUCUUUGUUAUUAUCCCGGUCAAGCAUACCAUCGCCUGGAAUUUCACAUAAGAAUGAGACUCAUGGGCCACAAAGGAAAAAUACAAGUGGAGCCUUUAAAGGAAAAUGCAGCUGUUGAUUUGGGAGCAGAAAUGCUUGGUGAGGUAGUUGUGUUUGGUAUCGGAGUUGCUCUUUUAUAUGCCGAGUACAGAAGACAGAAGCGAGGUGAAAGCCGCGAAGAAGAUAAACAUCAAGAAAACUUUCAAAAUUUGCAAAAAAAAGUGGAAGAACUUGGACUUUGUGUUGAAAAACAGACUGAACAGAUAGCAACGCUAAAUGAAGCUAUUAGAAACAUUGAGGAUAAUUUUAGCAAAGUCAAAGAAAAGAAAUGAACUGAUAAUUAGAUAUUGUAUUUGUAUAUGAAUUAAGAAUAAGGAUAAGGAGACAUAUUUAGGAGUUACUACAAAACAAAAUUCAUGCAUUUCAGAUUUUGAAUUGGGCAUUUAGAUUGUUAUUGAAAACCUACCCCAGAGAUUUAUUCCUAAAGACCUUCUCUGAAUUUCAGGAUGUUCACUCCUCUGCAAUUCAAACAAAUUCAAGAUUUUACCCUAUUUAGAUGUCAAGUAAAGUAUUUGAAUUUUGCAGAGCAUUUUUAAACUUUACUUCCUC